GAGAUAUCUGUAUUAAAUGGAACAGUUUGCAACAGGAAAUUCCAGUUGCAUCCGUCGCCCGCUCUGUGGCGGGCGGGACGUCGUACGCGACCAAAAUUCUGCAAGGAGCAACGCUGCGACUGCUCCACAGCUAGUCCACUGCUUGCUCCGCGAAAAUACACCAGCGCUGUGACAUUGCGUCUGGUUAGAUACACUGUGCUAUGGAACUGGCUCUUCCGCAGUCUCGCCACCUAGACCGGCGCAAUUAGUCCAGAACCGCUCUCAUUAGCCAGUGAACAACGCCCUGCAGCAGCAGUUUUAUCGUCUAUAGUAUCUAGAAGGUGCCGUUGACGACGCGGACGGAGGCGAGGCCCGCGAUGGGGAGCUCGAGAACGCUCCUCCUAGCGGCCCUGCCGUUCCUCUUGGCGCUGCAAGUUCUGGGGCAAACUCCAGCGCUAAAUGCUGGCCGAUGGUGCAGCCUUCCAGGCUACAACCAAUCGCUGGCGUGCCAGAACACGACGGGCGCGUUCGCCCCGACAAGUUGCGCAACGGUAGACCAGUACUACGGGCGGAAUGAUCCCCGCUUCGACAUCUGCAUGAUUCCCGGCCCUGGGACACAGUGGCCGUAUGGCAAGGACUACUACAAGGACGUGUGCAACGGCCCGGCCGGCGUGCUGAAGGUGCCCAUGAAGAACCGCUACGCCAUGGACUGGGUGAACGCGCCCGUGCUGGCCGACGCCUACAUCUACCGCACGUACAGCGCCGACCCCACUAAGUCGCUGUUGUACAUCACCGUGGCCAUCCGCGGCGUGAACAACAACUUCCCCACGCAGCAGCCCACCGGCCAGGCACCCAACCAGCUCUUCUAUGUGGAGCCCUACCCGCUCGAGCCCGAGCAGGACGACGAGGGCCUGUAUCUGGACAUGUCGGCUUCCAUCUACCUGUGGACGGACGCGCGCAACGUGACGUACAAGCAAUACGUGGACCCGAUGAUCUACAGCGGCAAGUACUCGUGCUUCAGCGCCGUGUUCAACCUGCAGCGCAUCUGCGACCCCGCCCGCUCCUACAAGAACACGGCCAAGCGCAACCUGAACGAGCGCUGCACCUGCCGCCCCGGCUUUGAGAACAACUGCGACCCGGUGGACAUCUCCAAGUCAGACCGCUUCUUCAUCGUGCUCAACGUCAACGGCGUGCCGUUCUCGUCCAGCCAGAUCCAGAUCCCCAACCCCACGUGCGCCAACCCCCCCACCAUCACCAAGCCUACCGUGUUCUCCAACUCGAACGGCCCGGCCAUCAUCACCGAGUACGUCCUCAACCCCGACGCCUGCAACCUACGCCCCACCGCGCCGCCCGACCCGCCGCUGAACCCGUCGCCGCCGAACCCGCCGCUGCCGCCCUCGCCCGCGCCCAGCCCGCCCAACCCGCCGCUGCCGCCCUCGCCCGCGCCGCCGCCCAACCUGUCGGUCUACGCGCAGGUGUCGGUCACCACCUUCAACCCGCUGCGCUUCUUCUCCUCGGGCUACGACUGCUCCAUGGCUCGCAACGCCACGUCGUACUACUGGCGCGGACGCACCGUGGUGCAGCGCGUCACCUGCACCAUCACGUCGGUGUUCCAGUCGGCGUUCGACUCGAACUUCGACGUGCUGACGCUGACGUUCUACUUCAACAGCAUCACCAACCUGCGCUACUUUUUCGACUCGGUCAACAACGAGCCCUUCUGGGUGGACCUGUUCACGGUGCUGACGCCCGGCUGCGGCGCUGUGGGCAACUACACGGACAUAGUGUACAACCCCUUCAGCAUCAUCCCGCCCGUGCCAUUGGCCAAGCAGAACCUGACCAACCCCCAGCCCUUCUGUGCAUACGGCGGCGAGGUGUCAUCUGACGACUGUUGGUUCGUGAUGGACCAGUUCGCCUGCCCGCACCCGCCCAGCCCGCCGCCCGCGCCGCCCAGCCCGCCGCGCCCGCCGAACCCCAACUCGCCGCCGCACCCGCCGGCGCCGCCCAGCCCGCCGCCGCCGCCUUGCGGCGUCACGGUGCAGGCCAUCAACUACCGCUACAACGCCACAAGCGACCUAGACGCGUGCUGGGACUUCAUUGUGACGGUCAAGUACCUCUACACCUUCAACGCCACCUCUUGGUACUGUGACACCGUCUCGCUCAACAGCACGUUCAUGUCCAUCUACACGGUCUUUGCCACGGACAAGGAGGCCCAGACCUUCUGGACCAACUUCAACAACCCAUACUUCGCGGUGGUGACGCUGUCCUCCAUCAACCCCACCUGCCGCACCGGCCUGCUGGGCAUGGGCACGCCCUCGUGCAACCAGACCGACGUGUACUGGGACGUGCGCAACUCCAACUACCCCGUGCGCCAGCUGGGCGGCGUCUGCCCGCCCGCGCCGCCGCGCCCGCCGCCGCGCCCCAUGCCCGUGCCCGAACCGCCCGGCGGCCCCGCCAACAUGCCCUCGCCGUCGCCGCCCUUCCCGCCCAACAUGGUGCCGCCGUCGCCGCCGGUGCGCCCGCGCCCGCCUCCGCCGUACAACGACCCCUUCAUCAUGACGGUGGAGUCGCCCACGCCCUACGCCGACGACAUGUGCGAGCGUGCCACGGCCACGCUGGUCUCCAAGCUGGCGUUCUUUGACCGCCCCUACCAGGGCCCGGUGUGCAAGCUGGGCGCCACCAUCGCCUACUUCAUGGUCAUCACCGUGGGCUUCACCGACCCCCGCCACUCGACCGCCUUCGGCAUGACUUUCCAUGACGAGUUCAACGAGUACGCGGCCACGGUGGGCCUGCCCUGCAACAGCUCCACGCUGCUGCAGGCAAACGGCGCCUCUUGGGUGGAGCGCUGCCCCGACGUGCCGGCCCUGUGCUGCGGCGUCGGCCUGAACUCGCCACCACCACGCCCGCCACGCCCGCCGCGGCCGCCGUCGCCGCGCCCGCCGCGCCCGCCGCCGCCGGACCUGCCCGCUGGCCCCGACGGCCCGUCGCAGCCCAACGCACCCUUCGUCCGCCGCCGCCCCCCGCCGUCGCCGCCGCCGCCGCGCAAGCGCAGCCCACCGCCGCCGCCGCCGGUGCGCCGCCCGAAGCCGCCGCGGCCGCCGCCGCCGUCGUCUCCUCCCCCGUCUCCUCCCCCGUCUCCUCCACCUCGGAACUUGCCCACCACCCGCCGCCCGCCCUCGCCUCCCCCUCCGCCGCCGCCGACGAUCAGCACCUUCACCCAGAACCGCAUCUUUGCCAUCGUGGCGCCGCCCACGCUGGCCGGAUCCGACGUUAGCUUCGACCUGGUGCCCAUCCUGUGCCGCAACCUGAUGGAUGGCCUACGGGCGAUCUUCACCACCUACGGAUGGGAAGAGGGCACGCAGUACGACCUGCUGAAUGACGACUGCCCCAACCGCAUCCUGUCGAGCGGCGCCAAACAGUACAACAUGACGAUCGGCAUGACGCAGGGCGCGGCGCAGUCGUUGGUCACUCUGCUGAACCAACCCGACAACUUCCAGCUGUUUGUGACCGCGUCCGACAUUCUGUGCGGCUCGCGUGUCAGCCUUAUCAAGCUGGUGACGCAGGAGGUCUACUUCACAAAGAACAAGGACAACUCGCCGCUUGCGCUUGACCCGAACAACCCCUUCUCAAGCUGCGUGCACACGUUAUUGGCCAUGCGGAAAUAAGGAGGAACCCCCGUAACCAUUGCAGUGCCUGAAGCUUUUUGACUGAAGAGCUUGUGCACAGGGAGAAGGGGGGAGAAGAUUUUUUCGCGUGAGUUUAUUGUGUGUUUCGUGUGUUUUGCAGUGGCGCGCGGCUAUACUGCGGCGAGCGGCGCUCCGUGUGCCGCCUGCCCGCCACGCUACAGAGCAAAAGCAGGCUCUGCAAGAAGAGCCCCCCAUGCGUGGCUGUUCUCUACCAACCGCCUGCGAGCUGGGCUAGCGGUCGCCGCAUUGUGUGCGCGCGUGUGUGCGCGCGGGCGUGCUGGGGUAGCAGCAGCGCUGAAGGCCGGGCGUGGUGAAGUGGUUGUGCGCCCCUGGCGGCAUUGGGGCGCAGGGCUACUGAGAGCGAUCGUGUCCGAACUUUGACCAUCCUUAGCAACGACGCUGUGACUUCACGUUUGCACACCGGAUGGCUGGCUGCAACGUUUGGAGCAGACUGAGAGAGGGGUCCGUGUGGGUGGUGUGCGGGGAGUAGGUGUCGUGUGUGUGUUGCUGGGAGGAAGGGUGCACCUCUUCCGAAGGGUCCUCGGAGACCGGUGUUUUGGCGGAUGGCGCACCCGGGGCAUGUACGGCUUAUGACCAAGUGGCGUGAAGUGCAUGUCGUCUACAGUAAAAUAUGACUCCUGACAGUGGGUGUUGACAGUGACUUGAUAUAUAUAGAUGUGGCUGGUGGUUUCCUUGAAAGCGGAUUCCAAUGCGGGGGUUCGUCCCCAGCGGCCGUGACUCUUGACUGGUGUUACUGCUACGCGGGCUUGACAACAGACCGUGCGUAAGCACUCGUUCCUUAGCACGCUUGCUUACUGGCGUAUCAGCGGCCGGCGGGACCUGGGGCACGUGUGCUUGACUGUUUUCCUUCGGCAUUGUUGUCUGUUUGUUUGACUGAUGACUGGGUGCGGACUCUUUCCUCGUAUGUGUUUCACCCCCUGGUGUAAACAAGGUGCAGUUUUGCUCCACGUGGGCGAAGGGCGGUGAAGACCUCGAAUGCACCGUGACACAUACAUUCAUGAGAAGCGCUAUGAGAGCGGUGGAAACCGCAUUGAACUGUAACUCAGAAGAUGC